GAAGGGGGAGGGAAGGACUGAAGGGCCAAGAGAAGGUGAUGUCAGCUGAGUUCAGAAAGUAAACAGAGUUCCAGACUGCAGCAUGCUGUCUGCGGGACCGGGACUGCAGCUGGGGCAAACCCACGGGGGCACCCACGCGACCCCACGGACCCGCACCUUUAUCUCUUGGAAGGAGGGCUGGUUCCUCCUCCUCUCCCUCUUCAUCUCCUUACCCCAAGGGACAGCCUGGCCCUACGAUUACAGGUAUUUGUACAACCACUGCCCGGGCCCUGAGUGGAAUGUAAUGUGCAGAGGCUGCUGCGAGUAUGACGUGAUCCGCUGUAAAUGCCCCCUACAGGGGACUCCAGUUGGCUACGCAGUGCCCUGCUGCCGCAACGCCAUCAACGAGUGCGAUCCCUGCAUCAUCCAUCCAGGUUGCAGUAUAUUUGAGAACUGUAAGCGCUGUAACAAUGGGACAUGGGGCCCCAGGGACGACUUCUUCAUUACUGGCAAAUACUGCGCUGAAUGCCGGCCUGGCUGGUCUGGUGGAGACUGUAUGCAGUGCGGGGGAGUGAUCCGUAAACGGCAGGGCCACUUGGUGCUCGAGAGCUACCCCAACAACGCUCGGUGUGAGUGGACAAUCCAGGUGGACCAUCCUUUUACUAUAGAACUCAGGUUCAUGAUGCUGAGUCUGGAGUUUCACCAUACUUGUCGUUAUGACUUCGUGGAGGUCCGAGAUGGUGACAGCAUCAACUCCCGCGUUAUCGCACGGUACUGUGGGAACAGCAGACCUCCUCCGAUUCAAAGCUCGGGCAACAGCUUGCACAUUCUCUUUGUGUCUGAUGGCUACAAGAAUUUCGAUGGAUUCUUUGCAACUUUCCAGGAGAGCUCAGCUUGCAGCUCCUCUCCUUGCCUGCAUGAUGGGACUUGUAUUCUCGACAGUUCUUUCACUUACCACUGUGCCUGUCUGGCUGGCUACACAGGCAAGAGGUGUGAAAAUGUGGUGGGAUGCCGCAGGCCUCCAGUGCCCACCCAUGGAUCCACACAGGGUCUGUUUCAUCACUCGGGGGCACGCAUCACUUUCCACUGUGACCCUGGCUUUGAGCUACGGGGGUUUCGUACCGCCAUCUGCCUCAGUGAUGGUACCUGGAGUGCGCCUGCCCCAGAGUGUGUACCGGUGGAGAGUGUUUGUACUUUACCACCCAAGCCAAAACAGGGGGAUCACUUCUUGGUUUAUGGACCCAAUGACGUCCUCAUUGCCCUACAGUAUUUUUGCUACCAGCCAUAUGAGCUCAGUGGCAGCUCCCAGAGAACCUGCCUCCCUAACAAUACCUGGAGUGGGACUCCUCCUGUUUGCACCCAAGUGAAUAACACUCUGCCUGAAGCAGAAAAAGACAUGGACAAGGCGAAAGAGACAGAAAAAGACAAAGAAACAGAGAGUGACAAAGAUAUCAGCCAAACUGCAGAGAAAGGUCAAGAGAACACAGCUGGAGAAAACGAAACUGUUGGAGGGAGAGAUAUAAACACUGGGCACGAGAAUACAACAGCAGUCGACAAAGAAGAUAAAUACACCACUACCAUUUCAGGAAAAACUGUGUCUGAGGGUAGAAAUGAAGGAGAGCUAGAGGAAAGAAAUACUGGGUCAGAGAAACCCACUGGAGGCAGGAAAGAUAAAGUGGAUAGUGAAGGCCCGGACAACAGCCUAAAUACAGUUGAAAAGAAAGAACCUGAGGUAGGAAAGCCACCCCCGAAAAAAGAAGGCAGCCCGGACACAAACCUGGAAACAGAAAAGACAGAUAUCAUAGAAAUAGUCGUGAUAAAAGACAAAGGACAAGAAGAGAAGGAAAGAAAAGAGGAGCAGGUGAAUGGAAAAAAAGAUCCGGACAAAUUCGGCCCUAAUGAUACCAAGAUGAGAACAGUCAUAACCGAGGGUGAAAACACAGUGGAGAUAUUUCAACUGGAAAUGACAAAGAACAACACAGGUAUAAGUGAUACAAAGGAAACAAAGAAAGAAAAUAAUACCAUAAGUUCUCCAGAGGCGGGGAGGAAAAUCCUUCCCACAAGAGUCAACAUUACACAGUACACCAUGUACAGGGCGGGAGGUGAGGAAAGUGGAAAACCAAAAGAAAAACCAACAGUAAAAGUGGACAAGACAGAGAAGGAUCCUGCUGAGAAAACAAAGGAGGAGCUGGAAAGGGAGAGGGAGGAGAAAGAAAAAGAAAAGGAGAAAGAAGUCAACCAAAGCUUCAGCGAGAAAAGCUGCCCACCUCUCACUCGCCUUUACCAUGGCUACUACCAGCUGGUGCCUGGGGUGGAGCCUGAAACAGCGGAGUUCUUCUGUAACCACUCCUAUGCUCUCAGUGGUAGUGCCCGACGUACCUGCCAGCCAAAUGGUACCUGGAGUGGCACACAGCCUCUCUGUGUCAGAGCAUGCCGGGAGCCCAAAGUGUCCGAGCUGGUUAGACAAAGAGUUCUGCCCCCUCAGGCACCUUCCAGAAAAACACCUGUGCAUAAGCUCUAUGCUUCUGGGCGGAGCCAACUGUUCCAGUCUGUCGGACCCACUAAAGGCCCCCCAGUGCUUUCCCAGUUACCCCAGGGCUUCCACCACCUUUACUCACAUAUAGAGUACGAGUGUGCCUCUCCCUUCUACCAUCACUCUGGUAGUGCUCGUCGCACUUGCUUGAAGACUGGGAAAUGGAGCGGGCGUCAUGUGUCCUGUACGCCAGUGUGUGGGAAGCAUCCAACCUUUGACCCAGAGAGGCCGGCAGAGGCUCACUGGCCUUGGCUGGCAGCCAUCUACCGUCGCUCCACCAACGGAGUGGAGACCAAGGUGACCAAGGCAGACAGCCAGGCAGGGUCCCUGAAGGGGGACUUUGGAGCAGGAACUGGCAGUCUGAACCAGGCUUCUGAUUGGCAGCUGGUGUGCAGUGGGGCUCUGGUGAGCCAAAAGAGGGUGGUGGUUGCAGCCCACUGUGUGACUGAGCUGGGGAAGGUGUAUCCUCUGGAUGCAACCAAGAUCAAGGUGGUGGUAGGGAAGCAUUACCGUGACGACCAUAGGGAGAGCAAAGGUCUUCAACACCUGAGGGUGGCCUCUAUUGUUGUUCAUCCAAACUACGACCCACAUAUUCUCGACUCCGACUUGGCCGUGGUCAAGUUAUUGGACAAAGCAAGGAUCGGGGAGAAGAUCCUGCCCCUCUGCCUCUCAGAGAGUGACGGAGAAGAGGUGCCCUCUGGGCAAGGGCUUGUGACAGGCUGGUCUCCGCUGCCUGAUUCAAAUUUAGGUCCUGACGAGAAGGCAAGGGUUGGACUUGUUCACCUUGCUGACGUAGUGCCCUGUGAGCAGCAGUAUGCUCGAAACGGCGUGCCAGUCAGCGUCACGGACAAUAUGCUCUGUGCCAGCCAGAAGCCUGACUAUGAACCGUCCAACAUAUGUCCCUCUGACACAGGGGGAAUCCUUGUUCUCCCCGCCCUCUCUGAGAACCAAGCCAGCAAUGACAAGAAGCCCUCUCUCAGUUCUACGCAGGUGCAGGCGGAGAGCAAAGGGCUGUGGAGACUCCUGGGACUGGUGAGCUUUGGCUAUGACCAAGGGGAGUGUGAUCCCGACCUCUACACAGUCUAUACACGUGUAGCCAACUUCAAAGACUGGAUAGUGAGCAAUAUGAAAUAAAAAUAAUCCUACUGUCUGACUUACCUUCUUCCCUUUAUGCUUCUAAAAUAUUUAAAUGGCUUCAUAUCUUGCAGUUCUUUCCCUUAUGUUUGUCAGGUUUUUCAAUCUAUUCAUCUCUUCUCUUUGAUCUUUGUUUUUCCUUGCACACGGGCAUUUUCUUACUCAUUGCAGAAGCACAUGAAACACUGGACAACACAGUGCUCUAACUGAAGGGGGUGCUAACACAUUGGAUGUGCUGGGCAUCACCCUUUCACCAGACGACUUCAGUGUUCAGGUCCCUCAGCCUGAGGUUACAGACUUGAAAAUGACCAGAAAACCAUUUCACGCCUCUGGCUACUGAUGGUUAGUGUUGUAAUCAUUGGUAUGUAUAUAUGUUGUAAUGUACUGAAUUAUUCUAUCGAUUCAUAUGACGCAAGAGAUGUACAUAUUGUAUGGAGAGACAGAAAAAUGAUGACGUUUUUAAUUAAAGAAAAGUGUGGGUGUGGUAAA